GGAUUUUCGUGCUUGGGUCUCCUGGCCGUCUUUUUAUUGUUAAUACAAUCCAGAGACUUCAUGGGGGCAAUUUGUGUUCUCCCUCACCAAGGAGCAGAGUUGCAUUUCGCCCUCACCGCUUGCGGCAGCUCCUACACUGCAAGCUCCAUCAACACUUUGAAAAGUGCGGUGCUUUUUACUCCUGAUGGUGACGUCCUGAAGUUUCAUGUUUUUACCGACAGAAGAGAAACCUUCGAGAAAUGGAGAGAACAAUUACCCGCCCGAUACCGUCAUAGAAUCAGGUUAUAUUUCUACCACAUCAGCGAAGAGGCAAAAUCCUUGACCUUCAUCAAAGAGAAAGAGACGAGAUCUUUACCUUGUACAACUCAAAGAUUAUUCUAUACGGAGGGUCUUCAGCAUUUGGAUCAUGUAGUCCACGUUGACACAGAUAUGAUCUUUCUUCACGAUAUCAAAACUCUUCAUGACAAGGGCUUUGCGGAAAUGAACAACAGUCACGUAACAACGAUGUCGCAGUGCGGCCCACGUGAUAGACAAAACACGUGGUAUAAUAAAGACGUAUACACGCGGAUGCCGUUUUAUCCACCCGUUGGAUUACAAGCGGGAUUAAUGUGGAUGAACCUAACAAGGAUGAGACGGAUAGGAUUUCAACGGUUGUGGAGAGAAUCUUAUGAAAAAUAUAAUGCAGAACUCUACCUGUAUGAUCAAGAUAUUCUCAAUGCGCUUUUUGCGACGAAACCAGAGUUGGUGAAAAUGCUUACCACGUGUAAUUGGCACUACUGGUAUGCGUACUGCCAAAGUGAGGUGUACUGUACGCCAAGGGAAGUGUACGUACUCCAUGGAGUGGCGGACUCUUUUCAUAAGGCAAGCUGUUAUCCAUUCAGCACGGUCUGGGGCGUGUUUGAGAAGUUUUCUUUGGGCCAAGACAUCCGAAGUCACCUGCUAGAUCCAUUACUGGAGGUACUCGGCAACCAAACCCAGGACGGUCAGAGUCAGUUCUGUGGCAAAUGCAUAGAUACUUCUACUGAAGCUUUGGUGGGAGGCCUGAGGACCUUGACAUGA